ACUCACAGUGUAGCUCAGGCUGGUCUCGAGCUGCCUGGCUGGCCAGACUUCCGGCACUCCCAGCCUCAGUUUCUCCAACACCCGCAGUUCCCAGGACCUGGAGGCCGCGCAGAGCGGAGCAUGCGGACUUCCCCUUCUGCGCAGCCGCGUUAAGGAAGGGGCGUGGUCCUAAGCGGAGGGACGGGCUCCAGAGUGGAAAUACCCGGAACCCAGAGGUAGCGGAACUCCGGACCAGCCGCUGCCCGGUAGUGCGGACUCUGUGGUGGUGGUCCCGGAAGUUCUGCCUAAGCAUGGCUUCGGGAAGGAAGGCGCGGAAGAGAAAGAAGGAUCCCGACGCGGGGGAGACCCCCGACGACGGCGAAGGCCGUUUGGCCGCGGACUACCUGGUGGGACAGGUCGCCGACAGCCUGCCCGGCGCCCGCGCCCUCGGAGGCCGCGCGGCCCCACUGGCAUCCCUCUUUGCCGCCGCCCCACGGGCUCCACCCGUGUUCGUGCCUGUGCCCCAGGAAACAUUUAAAAAAAGAAAAUCUGGUGAUGAAGAAGAAAGCACAUCCCAGAUUCAAAGACCAGUUUUGCAAGAGCCUGCAAAGAAGAUGGAGGUGAAGAACCUCUCUGAUGGGGCCAAAAGACUGGCAAACAGGGAAAGUGCUUUAGCAAGUGCUGAUUUGGAAGAAGAAAUUCUUCAGGAACAAGGACAGAAAAGGAAGAAGUCUAAGUCUAGUGUUAAAGCAGCAGGUGCAGAAGUACUCAAUGAUGUCGAUCUCAGUCUUGAUGUGGGUCAAAGAAAGAAAACACAAAUCAACCUGGAAGAAGAGAGGUUGAAGAACGAGAGGACUGUAUUUGUUGGCAACUUGCCUGUCACAUGUAGUAAGAAGAAGCUGAAGUCGUUUUUUAAAGAGUAUGGACAAAUAGAAUCUGUACGAUUUCGUUCUGCGAUGCCAGGAGAGGGAACUCUGUCCAAAAAGUUGGCUGCAAUAAAACGUAAAUUUCAUCCUGAUCAGAAAAGCAUCAAUGCGUAUGUUGUGUUUAAAGAGGAGAGUGCUGCCUCAGAAGCAUUGAGAAGAAAUGGAGCCCAGAUUGCAGAAGGAUUUCGAAUUCGGGUUGACUUUGCAUCUGAGACCUCCUCUCGAGACAAGAGAUCAGUAUUUGUGGGGAAUCUUCCUUACAAAGUUGAAGAAUCUGCCCUGGAGAAACACUUUCUGGACUGUGGCAACAUUGUGGCAGUGAAGAUUGUAAAAGAUCCACUUACGGGAGUUGGCAGAGGGUUUGGCUAUGUGCUCUUUGAGAACACAGAUGCUGUUCAUCUUGCUUUGAAAUUAAAUAAUUCUGAGCUAAUGGGAAGAAAACCGAGAGUCAUGCAUUCUCUUAAUAAAGAAAAGUUAAAACGACAGAACUCAAAUCCCACCUUGAAGAAGGCGAGUAAACCUAAGCAGGGACUUCAUUUUGCUUCUAGCGAUGUAGGAAAUUCCAAAAGUGUGUUUAUUGGAGAAAAGGCAGUUCUUGUUAAAAAGAAGAAAGGACAGAAGAAGAAUGUACGAGCGAAGAAAUCAAGAAAGCAGAAGCAGUGAAGAGAAGCGGCCGCUCCUCUGGUGAGCCCCGGACUGAGGUCUGCACUUUCUGUGGAUUGUGUAUAUGAAUGUGCAGACAUCCCCAGUCAUACUCACUUUGUAUGGCUUCUUUUAAGGAUUGAAGUAGAUGUAAAGAUAAACAAUAAACAUCAAUACUGGCUGUACUUUGACCAGGUGAUUACAGACUUAGUCAUGGGCCCUAGGAAGACUUGAGAACUCCUUAUAACACACACUUUUUUCACUUUCAUUUUUUUCUUUCUGUUACACUUGUAAUAAGUAGAGUUCUGGGUUUCUGUAUUUUACCAUCAUCCUAAUCAUAACUAACCAAUAAGAACAUUUAGUAAAAUGUGAUUCUGAUUUGUUAUACAUAAUCAGUAAAGAGACUGGUUAUUGAUGUCUUUGAUAAACUAGCUAUAAAGCCAGUUUCAUAUGAAAAAUACUGUCCAAGUAAAGUGUGAUUCUUAGAGUCAGAAUAAAACAUCCUUUCCAGCAAGUUUAAAGGCAGUAUUUCAUAAUGAAAUUUACUAAUUAAAUCACAAAAUAUGAAUUUGAACAAAGGGGGAGAAUACUCUUAUAUUCCCUGGGGGGUUGAGACUGGUUAUAGCUACUGACAUUGAUCUGACAAAUGAGUCUAUGUCCAGGAUGGAAAACGGGAGGGAGAGGGUAAACCAGGGUGGCUGACCCAGGCAGUCAGAGCCUAUAGUGAGCAUGCAUCAUGUCACCAAGGUGGGUCAGAGGGUGGGUGAGUUUUCAGGAAUUGCUCUGAAAAUCCUGUCUUUGGGAAAUAGCGUGUACAAAACCUAAUGGGGGCUGGGCUUGGUAGUGCAGGCCUUUAAUCCCAGUACCCAAGAAGCAGACAGGCAGAUCUCUGAGUUCAAGGCCAGCCUCGUCUUCUCACCAAGUUCUAGGCCAGCCAAGGCUACACAGUGAGACACUGUCUCAAAAUCAACCAAAAAUGUCUAAUAGGACUUAAAAAUAUGGCCCUGUCAGGCUGAAGAGAUGGCUCAGUGGUUAAGAGCUCUGGCUGUCCUUGCAGAGGAUCCGGGUUUGAUUCCUAGCACCCACAUGGUGACUAACAGCCAUCUAUAACUCCAGUUCCAGGAGUUCUG